AUGCCUGGAAAUGUAGAAGGCUCAAUGGACGUUGACGACACACAGAAUUCUUCCGGAAGUAAGCAGGAGCCGACUUUUGAAUCCGUAAGGCUAGCCCACGAGCCUGCAGAGCCUGCCGAGCCAGCCAGCGAAACACCUACCACGGGACCAAAUGCCAAUCACUGCACAAGGGAAACUCCACCGAGCAUUGGAUACAACUCCGACGAGACUUUGUCAGACGACGAAGCAAAUACCAUUCUUCCUUCUGCGAAACGCUCUGAAAUUCCGUCGAAACGACCACCUACCGCUUGCAGACCGAGUCGAAGAGCUACUCGACACCAUCAGAACCCAGAUCGUGCCGAAUAUCUGUUGACCAGAGCCAGAAAUCCACGCCGCGCUGCGAUUCCUGGAGAUGAUGAGGCUGAAAAUGUCAUGGGAGAAGCCGUGGCACAGCAACCCCGGACUGUGAUGCCAAUACUUCCAGGAUUUCUUCGCAUCGUGGGAGCAGACCCACGUAUGAAACUGCGACAUGAUACAGUCGUCGUCCACAUUAACGGCGAGAAGUAUGUGAGAUUGGACGACGCUAAUUUGGUUCCUGCUCGCAACGUGCCCCAGCUUGUCCUAGGGCCAAACGCGACCAUUAGGCAUCCAGAGAACGUAGCAUGGACCGGUGAGAGAAGAAAUGGCCGUCCCAGUGUUCUCUAUCUCCUAUUUCCGAAAGGUCCUUGGGAAUUCAAGGCAGAAAAUGGUCGACCAAAGAAGCCACCAGCUUCUUUCCGACCUGAGAUUUCUCACGAGUAUGUCAUGCUCAAUGGCCAUGACAAGGCUUUGAAAUAUUCUCGAACCAUGCCUAUGAAGUGCAGCACAGAUAUCGAGGGGUGGGAAAUGGAGGCACUCUGCCGUUAUGACCCGACUCUGUGCCAUCAAGAUUUCAUCGAUCGGAUGCUGGCAAAUCCUCCCGCUGGCAAGUCCAUUCCCAGUGCAGGCACUCUCAACCAUCGACGCCGUCGAGACCGACUCAAGAUGAGAGUCAUUCCAUGGCCUCCUCCACAGAAAUUGAGCUACUCUGACCAGCAAGUUCUGAAAGAGGUUGGAAAUGCCGGUUUGGCCAACAACUCCACUUGGUUCCUAGAGGAUUUGACCAAGGAGGAGAUCGAGAUGCAUAUUGCCAUCACGUAUGGCAGUCAUCUUGAGCGGUCUGGGGCUAAGGCACAAGAUUACCACCGCAGGCAAGACAGAUUCCGCAAGAAUCUAAAGCUGGUGAGGAGCAAAUAUGCUGAGGGCUCGGGGGAAGUUGGUCUGGUUUUGGGAAAUAUUGCAGUGGGUUUGGAGAAGAUGGGUGUGGAGUUCAAGGCAGAUGAAUGGGAUGGUCUUUGA